GAAUAUGAAAUGGUAAUAAAGCAAUCAAACAGUAAUGAGAAGAAGGUGCGGUUUUAUUUUUGAAAACUAAUAACCCAGUAGCUAUUUCAAGUAGCUGAGUUAAUGCUAUGCAUGGGCUACUCAGAAGCAGAAUUCCCAAGAGCAACGGCAUCAUCAACCGUCGAUUUUUCCGAUCAGAACCCGAAUCCUAUGCUCAACUCAUCAAUAUAUACGCUCGCGAUCGAGCGUUUCACCUUGGCAAGAAGCUUCACGCCCACCUAAUCACCAACGGCUUUGCUCGUUUCAACCUCAUUGCUUCCAACCUCGUGUCCCUUUACGCAUGCUGUGGCCAACUCUCCCACGCGCGGAAACUGUUCGACAAAAUUCCCACAACAAAUGUUCGCCGCUGGAUCGCCCUCAUUGCCACGUGCGCUCGAUGUGGCUUCUACCAUCAUGCUCUUGCCGUGUUUUCUGAGAUGAGAUCCGAACAAGGGCUUACACCCAAUUACGCGUUCGUCAUCCCAAGCGUUCUCAAAGCUUGCGGCCACGUAGGGGAUCAAAUCACCGGAGAGAAAAUUCAUGGCUUCAUUUUGAAGUGUUCGUUUGAACUUGAUUCUUUUGUGUCCAGUUCCUUAAUUGUAAUGUACUCCAAGUGCGCGAAAGUUGAGGAUGCACGCAAGGUGUUUGAUGGGAUGUCUGUGAAAGACACGGUGGCUCUAAAUGCUAUUAUUGCUGGGUACGUUCAACAGGGUGCUGCUAAUGAGGCGCUUGGUUUGGUGAAAAGUAUGAAGUUGAUGGGUUUGAAGCCAAAUGUGGUGACAUGGAACUCUUUGAUAUCCGGUUUUUCGCAGAAAGGUGACCAAGGAAUGGUGUCUGAGAUUUUUGGGUUGAUGAUUGCAGAUGGGGUGGAACCCGAUGUGGUUUCAUGGACUUCUGUUAUAUCUGGUUUUGUACAGAAUUUUCGUAAUAAGGAAGCAUUUGAUACGUUUAAGCAAAUGUUGAGUCAUGGGUUCUGCCCAACAUCGGCUACUAUCAGCACCCUUUUGCCUGCUUGUGCCACUGCAGCAAGAGUUAGGGUUGGGAGAGAGAUUCAUGGCUAUGCUUUGGUGACUGGGGUGGAGGAAGAUAUAUAUGUAAGGAGUGCUCUUGUUGACAUGUAUGCAAAAUGUGGGUUCAUUUCUGAAGCGACGAGUUUGUUUAGUAGGAUGGCAGAGAAGAACACUGUUACAUGGAACUCUAUCAUUUUUGGUUUUGCAAAUCAUGGGUAUUGCAAAGAAGCUAUUGAGCUCUUCAAUCAGAUGGAGAAGGAAGGGGCAGCCAAGCUGGAUCAUUUAACUUUCACGGCAGCUCUCACUGCAUGCAGUCAUGAUGGAGAUAUUGAACUUGGGCAGAGGCUGUUCAAGAUUAUGCAAGAAAAAUACGGUAUUGAGCCAAGACUGGAGCAUUAUGCGUGCAUGGUGGAUCUCCUUGGUCGAGCAGGGAAACUUGUUGAAGCAUAUGGCAUGAUCAAGACGAUGCCUGUUGAACCUGAUUUGUAUGUGUGGGGUGCAUUACUAGCUGCUUGUAGAAAUCAUGGGCAUGUGGAGCUUGCAGAAGUGGCUGCUAUGCAUUUGAUGGAAUUAGAGCCCGAGAGUGCUGCAAACCGUCUUCUGUUGUCUAGCGUAUAUGCCGAUGCUGGCAAAUGGGGAAAGGUUGAGAGGAUCAAGAAAAGGAUAAAGAAGGGAAAACUCAGAAAACUUCAAGGUUUGAGUUGGAUAGAUAAUUUAUAAUAUUAUAGGUUGGUAAGGGGCCUUGGGUUUGGCUUCUUCAUUAAGAACAGAAUGACACAUCCAACGAAUUAAUUUUGGAUGUAUCGAUUGGUGCUCCUCGUGAGGCGACAGCUCCAUAAGAUGCACCAUUGGACCUAAACAAUAUCUUGUCAAUAUGCCUUCAUCCUUUUUUGAUACAGUGGAAUAGAUGAAAGGAAAGGGAGAGGAAUAGCACCA